CCAUUCAUCUUUGAUUUCCUCUAAAAUCCGAUCACAUACAUGUAUAUACAUAUUAUAUGCAUGUGAGUGUGUAUAUAUAUUAGAAAUCCUUGAAUUGAUCAAUUUUCAGAUAACCUAGAGGCUUUAUCAGUCGGGUUGUUAGGGAUUUCUGGGAAGUUUUGUUUUGGGGAAAGUUUGAUUUGGCUGAAUGGCACAAGCUGUGGAAGAAUGGUACAAACAGAUGCCGAUAAUCACCCGUUCCUAUCUCACUGCUGCAAUCAUCACCACAAUCGGUUGUUCUCUGGAGAUUAUAUCUCCUUAUAAGUUGUACCUGAACCCCAAGUUAGUGGUGAAGCAAUACCAGGUGUGGCGCCUGGUUACAAAUUUUCUCUACUUUCGGAAGAUGGACUUGGACUUUCUGUUUCACAUGUUUUUCCUAGCUCGGUACUGCAAGCUUCUAGAAGAGAACUCCUUCAGGGGAAGGACGGCAGAUUUCUUCUACAUGCUCUUGUUUGGUGCAACUGUUUUAACAGGAAUUGUUCUUGUCGGGGGGAUGAUACCGUAUGUCUCAGAGUCAUUUGCAAAGAUCAUAUUCCUGAGCAAUUCAUUGACUUUUAUGAUGGUUUAUGUAUGGAGCAAGCAAAAUCCGUUUAUCCACAUGAGCUUUUUGGGUCUGUUUACUUUCACCGCAGCUUACCUCCCAUGGGUUCUUUUGGGGUUCUCUGUGCUUGUUGGCGCCAGUGCUUGGGGGGAUCUACUGGGAAUGAUUGCAGGCCAUGCUUAUUAUUUCCUAGAAGGCGUCUAUCCGCGAAUGACUGGUCGUAGACCCCUGAAAACACCAGCAGUUAUCAAAGCAUUGUUUGCUGACGAGCCAGUAGUGGUGGCUCGACCUGCUAAUGUUCGCUUCGCUGCUCCUCCUGUUGAUGAAGUUCCACCAAAUCAAUGAGAUAAUUUUAUAAGUAAACCAGUGGCUCUGUCUUCAGUUCCUGUAAAUUGACCUUAGAUAUUUGGUUGGAGGGAAUCAGGGUUGGUCUUGUUGAUGAUGAUUGUGCUAGUUACUAUCCGUCUUCAUUCCUUGUCAAAUUGUUGGUGUAUUUCUUACACUGGGCAACUUGGGUUUGAAGAUGCUUUUUGUAAUUUAGAUCUGGAACUGGAGAAGUGCCGUGCUGGUAGAGAAAACUCGCCUAUAUGAAGUGUUUUUUCUCUGUUAUAAGUCUUAGAAUUCAAUUG